AUGGCAAAGCGUGGCGAAGCACGGUGCAGGUCGAUGUACGCCCCGGGCGUGCCGGCGAUGACCAUGCAAACGCAAGGCGCCAUGCCACAGCAGGGUGUCCCUGCUCCGGCAUCGCCGGCCAUGGGUGGCAUGCCUGGUAUGUCCGGCAUGGGCGGGAUGUACGGCGGUGGCUCCUCCUAUGGUCCCAUGGGCACAAACGUCGGUCAGGCUUACGGUGGAGCCUUCGGCGGCUCAGCCUCUGAAGUGCAGGCUUCGCAGUCCCAGCUUGCAAACCAGUUGGGGCAGUUCUAUCGGGCCCAGUUCUUGCCGCCUGGCGUCGAGUCACAGGUGGCCGCCCAACAGGCAGCUCAGCAGGCUGCAAUGGCUGCCCAGCAGGCGGAACAGGCGGCGAAGCAGGCGAAGCAGAUGGAGCAGGCCAAGGCCAAGGACAAGGCCGGCGCAGAUCGGCUCAUGCUGCAUGUCUCCUAUGCGGCGGUGAAGUUCUGA